UUAAAUGUUGCAUCUCCAAGUAACGAUGUGGAUAUGAGCAAGACCCUGCCUGACAUAAUUGAACAGAAUUUUGCGGCGGCUUUGCUCAAACUUGAACAUUUUGCACAUGUGCCUGGCACAAAAAUUGAUGAGUUUCUAGAGGAGCUGCACUAUUUGUUGUGCUCAGCCACAUUUCCUCUCACUGUAAACAUUGAAGCUGUUUUUCAGAAACAUGGUUCCACACCUGAUAAAUCAGUGAUAGCAGAACUUGCCACAGCCCUCUCCACGUCUCACCCCUUACUAAAAGCUAUACAGAAGGGUGGCUCUUUGGGCACAUCACAUCUCCGAAACAAGUUUUACAGAGAAAACUUUAAUGUCAUUGAUCCCAUUGAGUACAUGCUUGAUAAAAAGGAAGAGAAAAGCUUUCAGUAUGUGCCUAUACUGAAGAGCUUGCAACAGGUCUUCAAUAAAAAAGACGUUGUGGAUAAAGUUGUUGAAACCCACAGAGCACAUCAGUGUCAAUGGAUAACUGGAGAACAGCAUACUUAUAAAUCAUUUCAGGAUGGCUCAUAUUUUAAGGAAAAUAGUUUUCUUUCAGGGGGUGAGUUGACAAUCUUGCUAACUUUGUACAUAGAUGACUUUGAGGUAUGCAAUCCUCUGGGUACGUCUCGCAGAAAACACAAGCUCUGUGGAAUCUAUUGGACUCUGAGUAAUCUGCCUCCAGGCUCACAUUCAGCACUUUCCUCGAUUUACCUGGCAGUAUUGUGCAAAUCUGAUGAUCUGAAAAGGUAUGGAUAUGAUGAUGUCUUGCAUCCUCUUAUUCAGGAUCUAAAAGUCCUUGAGCAAGAUGGACUUUUUGUGCCGUUGCUUGGUAAAAGUGUUAAAGGCACAGUUCAAGUUGUUGUGGCAGAUAACCUCAGUGCUCACAGUAUAGCAGGUUUUAAUGAGAGCUUUACUGCUGGAAACAUUUGCAGAUUCUGCACAGCAACACGAACAGAGAUCCAAGAGAGAGAAGUAAGAUCAGAAUCAUUUGAUCUGAGGACAAAAGAACUGCAUGCGUCUCAUGUAAAUUCAGCUCAGCAAAACAGUUCAAGUAGUUUUGGGGUGAAAAGACAGUGUGCAAUCACUAAAAAUCUUGCCCACUUUAGUGUUCAGACAGGUUAUCCCCCUGAUAUCAUGCAUGAUGUGUUCGAGGGCAUUGUGCCUGUGGAGCUUGCACAUUGUUUGUCAUUGCUGAUAUCCAAGAAAUAUUUCAGUCUUGAGCUUCUAAACAAAUCGAUCAUGAGUUUUCCUUACAAAUGGUCAGACAAGACCAACAGGCCUCAUAUGAUCCCACACAAUUUCUCGAAAACAAUUGGGGGGAAUGCCCAUGAGAACUGGGCACUGAUACGAUUUCUCCCAUUCACCAUUGGGCAUCUGGUGCCAGAAGAUGAAAUGGCAUGGCAAAUUCUAAUGGAUUUAAAGGAUAUUGUAGAGCUGUUGGUAUCUCCAACACACACAGAAGACUCCAUUGCUUACCUUGAGUGCAAAAUUUCAGAGCAUCGCAAAAGAUAUCAAGAGCUCUUUCCUACUUUGCAGCUUUUACCCAAACAUCAUUACUUAGAGCACUAUCCUGCACUCAUCAGGAAGUUUGGUCCUCUUAUUGGUCAUUGGACAAUGCGAUUCGAGGCUAAGCACAGUUUCUUUAAGCAAGUAAUUCGACACUCAAACUGCUUCAAAAAUGUGCCCCUCUCGCUAGCUCUCAAGCAUCAGAUCAUGGUGUCUUAUUACAUGAGAUCAUCUAGUUUUGAAAAGCCCACUCUUGAGGUGACAAAUGUCUCAACAGUUCCUGUAGACGUUUUAAAAAAAGAAAUUGUUCAGAGUAUUGAACAUAAAUUUCCUGGCAUAAAAGAGGUACACCUAACUAGAUCUGUGUCAACCAAAGGUGUAUGUUUCAAAAAGGGCAUGAUUGUAGCUCAUGGGUCUACAAGUGGUCUUCCUGACUUUGGACAGAUUGUUCACAUAUUUGUAGUCCAGGAGAGACUAUGCUUUAUAGUUAAGAGAUUUUCUGGAUGGUACAGUGAGCAUCACAGAGCCUUUGAGCUCACAGCAUGUCCAACCAAAGAGAUGGAUCUUAUUGAGCUUAGUGACCUAGCAGAUGACUACCCUCUGGCAGACUAUUUUGUUGGAUCUCUCAGAAUGGUGACCUUGAAACGAUACAUACAUGUUUAAGAUUGUUGUGAAAUGGCUGCUCCAGUGAAGCUCAGAAUUAUCCUCGGGGAAAACAAUUCCCAGAGACUUA